AUGUCUCGGCCAAACCGUCGUGCCGCCCGUUUGUCGGCGCAUCUUGUUCCUCGUCUUUGCAAAGACGGAUUCGGGGCCUGUGGCUGCAACUCGCCACGGCAGAGUCAUCAGGGAAGCUUAGUUCCCACGAUCUGCCGCAAUGACCCAGCGACAGGGUACAGUUGGAAAGAUGUUCAUGAUGAUCUUGAGGCUGGCGUGUAUGCAGGAUGCUAUGGUUGGGACCAUGCUGCCUACUGGGGCAUCGCUGAGGCCAAGGCGGGCGUUGACUUGAAGGAAUGGUACAAGACUCGAACGGAGGCCGAGUUCUACCUGCCAGAGUUCAAAGAGCUCAUCGAUGACCCAGCAACUCACAGAGAUUGGGACCGCAUCUCGACCUUUGACCCGUUGGGUAUGACGGCACAUCCUCCCACCAUCGCAGCAUGCAAGGCCAAGCUGGAUAUUCCAGAACUCAAGGACCUGCACAUGGACGGCAAGAUCGUUCUGCCCUCGAACGAGAUUGUCACAUCAAAGUGUGCCAUCAGCUACGCCUGGAACAUUCCCCUCAUGGCAGAAAGGGUGGGCCUCAGUGAGCAAGAGCUGCGGGAGGCACUGCACAAGUUCUCCCAUGACAGCCGGCUGCUGGACCCCAAGGUGAAGACCUAUCUUCCAGCUGUCGGUGGACUCACAAUCUACACCUUUGGUGAUGCGCGGAAGCUCAAGGAUGAGAAGACAGAAGUGUGCGUGCGCGUCCACGAUGAGUGCAUCGGCUCGGAUGUCUUCGGAAGCGACAUCUGCAGCUGUCGGCCAUAUCUGAUCUUUGCACUGCGCGAAGCUGUCGAGUGUGCCCAGAGGGGUGGGGUUGGUGUGGUGAUCUACUUCAGGAAGGAGGGUCGCAGCCUUGGUGAAGUGAUCAAGUUCAGAGUGUACAAUGCCCGUGUGAAUCAAGACGGCGGCGAUCGCCCAGAGAUGUACUUCCAGCACACCGAAGCCAUUGCCGGCAUCCGAGACGCACGCUUCCAAACCAUGAUGCCAGAUGCCCUGAAUUGGAUGGGAAUCCGACGCAUCGAUCUUCUCUGCUCGAUGAGCAAUGAGAAGUAUGAGGCAAUCACUGGCGCUGGCAUCCGGGUCGUGAAGCGCGUGGAUCUUCCCGAUACCUACAUCAAAGACAGCAUGAAGGUCGAGCUUGACGCAAAGAUUGCGAGCGGAUAUCACUCUGAUAAAGCGGAAUCAGAGCAGCUGCUACGCGCAGCAGUUUCAUCGGUCGGUAGCCCCCGAUAG